UGUGUGUGCUGGUGAUUUAUCCUGCAGCAGCCACCUCUUUCCUGUCUGUCUGUUUGUCUCCUUCUCUCCCUUUCUAAAGCAGCCCACCAGCAGACCAACAUGCCUCCAAAGAAGCCCGAACCUAAGAAGGCCGAACCUAAGAAGGAAGAACCUAAACCAGCGCCUAAACCAGCAGAACCAGAACCCAAAAAAGAAGUUGAAUUUAACCCAGCUUCUAUCAAAGUUGAAUUCACCCCUGAUCAGAUUGAAGAAUUUAAGGAAGCGUUCUCACUCUUUGACCGGACUCCUAAAUCUGAGAUGAAAAUCACAUACGCACAAUGCGGAGAUGUCUUGAGAGCUUUGGGGCAGAAUCCCACCCAGGCUGAGGUCAUGAAAGUACUUGGCAGACCUAAACCUGAAGACAUGAACUCCAAGAUGAUUGACUUUGAGACCUUCCUGCCCAUGCUCCAGCAUAUUUCCAAGACGAAAGACACAGGCACCUACGAGGACUUUGUGGAGGGUCUGCGCGUGUUCGAUAAGGAGGGAAAUGGAACAGUGAUGGGGGCUGAACUCCGCCACGUUUUGGCUACGCUGGGUGAGAGGUUGACUGAAGAGGAAGUUGAUAAGCUAAUGGCUGGUCAGGAAGAUGCCAAUGGCUGUAUCAACUAUGAAGCUUUUGUGAAACAUAUCAUGGCUAACUGAAUGCCAGGACAAGAUAGGCGCCGAGAACCCCAGAUGCUGGCCUUGGAUUUCGAUGUAAUGGAAUGUCUUCUCAUUUUUCAGCCCAGAUUCCCAUUACAGAGCUACAAAAUGUGCUGUCCCUAAAGUUAUUUAGAUGAAUGUUUUUUUGUUUGUUCUGUCUUGUUUCUUCAUGGGAAGAGAGUGGCCUCUGUGGAGAUUCAAUACACUCAGGAAACUGAAGAAACUGGAAUCUGAACUAUGAAUACCUGGGCAUUGUCAUUUUUUCCUGAUACAGAAUAUAAACAGCAAUACAAAAUUGUUAAGGAAGAAGGGAAAAAAGGGGAGUAAUUUUUUUCACGGCUAAAUCAAUCAAAAAAUGUAUUUGUCAUUUAGCCGUAUCCUUCCCUCCCCUCUUCCUUCCAAAACAACUGGACCUUUCUCUUUGUGUUUAUUGCAUUUGUUAAAAAAAUAGCUGUAAGAGGGUAAGGGAGAAAAGAAACUAAACCAGUCGUAUAAAUCUCAUGUAUACAAGGAAUACUCUUAAUCUUUAGAGAAAAAUAGUAAAAGUAGAAUGCCCAGCAAUCAGCAUGGCAUUUGUUGAAUAUUGUUCACAUUUUUCUCAGCUUUGGAAGAUACCACCUUUAACAUAGAAGACAUAAAGGAAAAAAACAAAGUAAACCAGAAAUGUAUAAAAUGUUUGCUAAAAUGCAUCCCUUCUCCACAAGGACUCCUUCCCAUUCCAACAGUCUGACCUAUGAAGCAAGUAAAAUGUCUUUCCCAGUGCAAACUGGAGAUUGUUCUCAUAUACAUAUCUUGGUCCUGUAGCUUUUCAGAGUAAAACUUGGGAUUCUUUGUCA